AAAAGUUCUCAUUACCACGCUGUCUUCUCCUCAGUAACCAUUUCCACAUUUUCAGUCCUUCAACAGUCCAAAUUAAUUUUUAUAAUUCUAACCAAAUUUUACAAAAACGAAUAAAUACAUAACUUCGCAUAAACAUCCGUCAAUUACUUAAACCAGAGAUAUCGACACUGUCGAAAUGAGGGCCCUGUUAGUUUUCCUGUUCAUAACCGUCGUAUCAAGCGAGAUAAAUAUGGGGACAAAGUUUAAAUUAUUUAAUCCAACAAAGGCAGACAGUAAAACGGGUGAAAUUUUUUGUAAUGGACGAACUAGUAUUGUAACGCAAACAACGAGAUCUUUCCAAGAUAAAAACUGUUGGGACUUCGUAAAUUUCUCAAAUUCAAAGUGCAUCCGUUUGUCACAAAUAAUUCGCAGGCCUUUCUCUGUAAUAGAAUUGCAAGGUUGGGAUUCCGUUCAAAUCUUCGAGUCGGACGACUGCUCUGGUGAGGCCGGUUUAUUGACGAAAGGGUCGGACCACUGUGUGCAGCAGAAGUUGAGCCCAAGGGGUCAAACCACGAAUUACUGGAAAUGCAAGGUCCCCUAUUUUCGAUCAAUCGCGGGAUAUUUGUAUUCCCAAAAUUCAUAUUUAGACCAAGAAAUUAGGUCGUGCACCCCGAUGGAAAAAAAGUUGACGCUACUGUCCAUCGACAACACGAAAGGUGCAGACCCGGUCCAAGCCUCUUACACGCAACGGGUCAUAUCGGUUUACACAGGACGCAACUCUACAGCUCGAAAGGGGGCAGCGUCAGACACUUCAGAUCAAAAUGGGACACGUUACGGGGGCGAAUUGUCUGUACGGAUGGACACAAUUUUGUCCGUUAACCAGACAACUCGUCUCUUUGACAGACUUCGCUUCAGCUUCUUGGGAUUAUCAAAGAUCGAUUGGAAUGCCGUGACUAUCGACACCAUUCUCCAAGACAAAACCGAACCCAAAAAGGUUGAGAUUCCUCCAGGAAUUAAGGCCAAAAUUGAACAAGUUGUCGGUGUUUGUGGGAACUUUAAGGUGUACACGAAUCAGUUCGUAAGACAGGAUUUAUACGCAAAUGGGACUACGAAAGCAUUGUAACAUUGAUAGUUUGUUAUGCACUAAAAUUUCUUGUCUAUGUGCUUGUUUUCCAUAAAAUCUAUUCUGCAAAUCUAUGAAGUUCGUUAUUAGAGUAGAUUAUUAAAUAAAUCAUUAUUUAGUGUUAA